AUGAUCGGAAGCGUCACGCUCGAGGCCGCCCAAGUUGUUGAAAUUACCAACUGGGUCAAUAGCCUUACAAUUUCAAUCCGUGAUGCUCAUGUUAUCCUGAAGCAAAAUGCAUCAACUCCGACGUCCAUCACUCAGGUUCAGUUCAACACAAUCUCCCGAGCGAUGUCCGACAGUAAUAUAGGCUGGACACUCUCAGUGCCUGUCAACAACCUCAUUUCCAAAAUCCUUAAUGGUAUUGAUAUGCGUACCGUGGAUUCAGAUAUUCCGGUGUUCAACAGUGGUCAGCCGCUGGGGAUUAUAGAGCACAAUUCCUUGAUGAUUGUUGACGCCUAUCGUGCUAGGGAGACUGCUAUCAUUGAUCAUAGACUCGCGGCACAGGCGACACUUGAGAGAAUGUUUGGAGUUCAAGACCCGGCUCAGGGAGCGAAGGAGUCAAAUGAUCAAAUUAAAGUGAUGCUUGCACGAGCUAUCUGGCACCCGAUGUCAAUGGAGGAGGAGAGCUACCAGCUUCAGGUGCGACUUUCUCAUAUUGAAGAGAAGUUCAAGUGCGCGAUGAAGGUCCUCUACAAUUCUGAUACUGGGGCUGUACAGUAUUAUAAUAAGAAUCUUGUUCUGUUUUAG